AUGAAAUUCGGCGAACACUUGCAACAAGAAACGUUUCCACCAUGGCGUCUAUCCUAUAUAAAUUAUGACGUUUUGAAAAAAGAAUUGAAGUCUCGACAGCUUGAUCAUCAAUGGAACGAAGAAGAUGAGCAGGAUUUUGUACACAGACUCGAAAAUGAAUUAGAAAAGGUCUAUGAUUUUGUUUCAGCCAAAUUGAAUGAAGUGGAAGGCAGAAUCAGUUACUGUGAACGUACUAUACAAACCUUUAUUCAAAACCCCACUUACAGCUCAGACGAAAAUUGGAUUGUUAUGGACGAUGCAUUAACAGAAGUUUUAUUUGACGUUAAUGAUUUGGCAAAAUUUACCAGACUUAAUUACAUUGGGUUUCAGAAAAUAUUGAAAAAGCACGACAAAUGGACGGGACUAACGCUUCAAAAGGACUUUAUACCUCAGUUGAGAGCUAAGCCCUUAGACAAACAAAGAUUUGAUGUCGCCAUUGUUUUCAUUUCGGCAUUGCACGACAUUUGUCGACAAAGAGGCAAACCACGUCCCAUUAGCACUCAAAGCGGUAAAGAUACUUUGUCCUCUUCUACUGACAGAGGCACAGUUAAAUAUUGGAUUCACCCCGACAACAUCACUGAAGUCAAGUCGAUUAUCAUGCUUCAUUUACCUGUCGCUUUCCAUGACCCAGAGAAACGUUAUGAACCUACUGACUCUGCUAUCUCUAGUGUCUAUCUCGAUAAUGAUGAUUUUGGUCUUUAUACAAGCUUAUUACAGCGGGAUGAAGGUGGUGAAGCUAUCCGAUUUAAAUGGCACGGCCCCACCACCAACUCAGAAGUCUUUGCGGAACGUAGCACAUAUCAUGCUGAGUGGGCGGAUGGCAAAUCGGUCAAAGACCGUAUUCAGCUUGCCAGUGACGAUGUGAUGAAGUUCAUUAACGGCACCCUUACAGCGGACGAAUUUACCAACAAACUUAAAUCACAAGGCAUCAUUGAUUCAAAAAUCAUCGACGAGUGUGCAUUCGUAGCAUCUGGCAUCCAAAAGUCCAUUAAGGAGAAGGGCCUGAAACCAAUGUGUCGGGUUUUCUACAACCGUGUCAAGUUUCAAUUACCUGACGAUCCCAGUGUGCAGAUCAAUAUUGAUAAUGAUUUGACCUUUAUACGUGAAGACAACACUGAAGCAGGUGCGCGCAGAGGUCCUAAUGACUGGAGGCGUCCUGAUGUUGGUAUUGACUAUCCAUUCAGCCAACUUGAUGAAAAUGAAGUGCUACGUUUUCCUUAUGCUGUUUUGGAAGCUAAGUCCAAGAAGAAAACACCCGCAUGGUUGGUGAAAUUGUUAGAAUCUCAUCUUGUUCAUGAAGUGCCUCAUUUCUCUAAAUACCUUCAUGGUGCUUCUUAUCUAUUCCGUGAUCGUAUUCCUCUACUACCUUGGUGGUUAUCCGAAAUGGAAAUUGAUAUCCGUAAACCUCGCGCAUCUAACUUUGGUUUGUCUCGAUCCAAGUCCUUCAAGCCUUUGAUUGAUGGUCAAUACAAACGCGCUAUGGAAGCAGAACAAUUACGUAUGGAAAUCGUGAACGAAGCCGCGCUUGGAAGAGGAAGCUUGGAUACCCUUAGUGACGGAAAGACGAGAGGCAACAAAAGUAGCAAUUACCUUGAUACAGGUGUAGUCAAUCGUUCCGACAGCAGUAAUUGGGACAACCGACCGCAUCGUAUGCAGUCGACAUUGGUCGUAAAAGGUGAAGAUCCUCUCAAUUAUGGUCCUUUGCGUGACAAGAAGAUGAAGCGUAAGGAUGGGGCUGUUGGUGAAGACAUCGUUUUUGAUAAGGGUGACAUUCGUUUAGAUAUGGCCGGUGCUUCUGGUGGUGGAAAGAAACCAUUUGAAACCCAAAUGUUUGUUAAAGAUCCUAACGAUCCCAACAACAUGAUUGCUGUGAAGAAGGUGAAAGUAGAGCCUAAAGUAUUCUUCUCUAACGAACGUACCUUCAUUUCAUGGCUUCAAUUCUGUGCAUUAUUGUUAUCCGUAGCGCUCAACUUGCUUAACUUUGGUGAUAGCGUGUCUCGUAUUGCAGGUGCUAUUUUCAUUGGUAUUUCAGCUGGUAUUGCUAUUUAUGCCUUAUAUCAAUUCGAAAAGCGUGCUUGGAUGAUUAAUCGUCGUGUCGUUGGCCGUUAUGAUGAUCUCUGGGGCCCUGCUGUCCUUUGUGUUCUCUUGGUCGGCGCUAUUAUCGUCAACUUUUAUCUUCGUUUCCGUUAA